CCCUCACGAUCAGUCGGUGGCGCGGCACGACGCUAGCUACAACUCUCUGAAAAUCUCUGACUCAUUCGUUUAUCCAUGUGAGACGCAUCACGUCAUACGAAUUACUCACGACACCGGGAGACACUUCAGUCGGAUUGAUACCGUCUCCGGACACUCCUCGCGUAUUCCGUCAAUUCGUAGCGCGAUGUUACCACGGGGUUUUCAGGGGACGCCGUAUUGAUUUUGAAACCACGUGAAGUUUUUAGUGAUAAAGUUUAUAGUUCUUGUGCGGAGUUGUUUCCGAGUUUCUACAAUGGUGCAGCAUCACUGGCAAAGUCAAAAUGUCAAAGUGUCGGGAGUCGACGACAUGGUCCUCCUCCCAAAGAUCACGGAGGAAGCAAUUAUGGAGAAUCUCCGGAAGCGCUAUAUGGACGACUACAUAUUCACGUGCAUUGGGCCUGUUUUGGUCUCGAUAAAUCCGUUCAAACAGAUGCCCUAUUUUGGGGAGAAGGAGGUGCAGAUAUACCAGGGAGCGGCUCCGUACGAAAAUCCACCUCACAUCUAUGGUCUUGCGGACGACAUGUACCGCAAUAUGCUGAUAGACGUGGAGAGCCAGUGCGUCAUAAUAAGCGGCGAGUCAGGCGCCGGCAAGACGGUUGCAGCCAAGUACAUAAUGGCUUAUGUAUCGAGGGUAAGCGGUGGUGGCGAACGCGUACAGAGAGUCAAGGACAUUAUCCUGGAGUCCAACCCACUGCUUGAGGCCUUUGGCAAUGCUAAGACCAUCAGGAAUAAUAAUAGCAGUCGAUUUGGGAAAUACGUAGAGAUGCAGUUUGGUGAUGGCGGACAGCCCAUUGGCGGUAAAAUCACAAACUUCCUCUUGGAAAAAUCUCGAGUGGUUAGGCACAACACUGGCGAAAGAAGCUUCCACAUUUUUUAUCAGCUGGCAUCUGGCGCAAAUGAGCAGAUGAAAUCGGAGUUGGGAUUGAGACAAGAACUCGAUAACUGCGAUUACCUGAUGAAUUGGGACGGCACUGCCCUCCGGCAAGCUGAUCGUGUAGGUGGAUCUGAUGCCAAAGAAUUUCAAGAGACCUUGAAAGCCUUGAGUGUCAUGGGAAUCGUAGAAACCGAGGUAUCAAACCUCCUGAGGAUAGUCUCCGGUAUCCUCCACAUAGGAAGCAUUAAAUUCCGGGAGAACGGAAAUUACUCCCAAAUUGCCGAUGGAAGAGCACUUGAAUUCCCGUCGUAUCUACUCGGCAUUUCUGCGGAUCGUCUCUCCCAUAAAUUGACAUCAAGGGAAUUCGAGUCCAAAUGGGGCAGUCAGUCGGAGAGUGUUGAUGUAACACUCAAUGUACCACAGGCACUUUACACACGUGAUGCACUGGCCAAAGAUAUUUAUGCCAGGCUGUUUGAUUACUUGGUGAAACGUGUCAAUUCAGCCAUGCAGACCACCGGAGACUCCUUUGAAAUUGCUAUCCUCGAUAUUUAUGGGUUCGAAAUAUUCGAGACCAACGGAUUUGAGCAGUUUUGCAUCAACUUUGUCAACGAAAAAUUGCAACAGAUAUUUAUUGAGUUGACGUUGAAAGCAGAACAGGAGGAAUACAUAGCAGAGAACAUCAAAUGGACGCCAAUUGACUACUUCAAUAACGCGAUAGUGGUUGACCUUCUCGAAGGCAAGCGUCCCCCCGGAAUCUUCCUGAUCCUGGACGACAUCUGCGCAACGCUGCACAGCGGCACGGGUUCAGCGGACUCGGACCUCCAGAAGAAGCUGUCCACAGCCUCCAACACCCACGCCCACUUUCUGGGAACAAGCGAUGGCUUCGCCAUUCUCCACUACGCCGGACAGGUGGUCUACUCGGUGGACGGGUUCUGCGACAAAAACCGGGAUGUCCUCUUCACGGAUUUAAUUGAGCUCAUGAGGAGCAGCUCCAACCCCCUCAUCCAGUCCCUCUACCCCCCCGACGAAGAGGCGAAAAAAACGAAGACCCUGAAGAAACCGUCGACAGCGGGAAGUAAAAUCAGGAGCCAAGCGAGUAGACUUGUUGCACAACUCAUGAAGUGCACUCCGCACUACAUCCGUUGCAUAAAACCGAAUGAGACGAAGAAGCCGCGGGACUGGGACCAGAUGCGAGUGAAGCACCAGGUGGAGUACCUGGGGUUGAAGGAGAACAUAAGGGUCAGGAGGGCGGGUUUUGCGUACAGAAGAUCAUUCGCUAAAUUCCUGCACAGAUACGCCAUUCUGACGCGUGAGAGCUGGCCGAUCUGGUCUGGGGACGAGAGGAGAGGGGUCCAGUGGAUCAUGUCGAGCAUUCACAUUGACGAGAGCCAGUACCAACUGGGGAUCACCAAGGUCUUCAUCAAAGCCCCGGAGAGCAUAUUCAUGCUGGAGGAGGCCAGAGACAGAAAAUUCAACUUCUACGCGAGGAUCAUUCAGAAGGCGUUCAAGAAGUUCUUCGCUAGGAAGAGACAGGACAGCGAGAAACAGGCAGCUGCUGACAUAAUGUAUCGGCACAAGCAGAGGCGUAAACCGAGUCUGGAGAGGAACUUCGUUGGGGAUUAUAUUGGGCUCGAUGGGAGGCCUGGGCUCACGAGUCUUCUUGGGAGGAGGGAGAAGGUUCUGUUCGCUGAGGUUGUGAGGAAGUAUGAUAGGAGGUUCAAGAUGUGCAGGAGGGAUCUGGUGCUGACGGGGAAUUGCUUGUAUUUGAUUGGGAGGGCGGAGAAGCCGGGGAAGUCGGGGAGGGGGAGGUUUGCUCGGGGCCAGAGAGUCUCUGAGGAGAUCGUCAAAAGGAAGCUCAUGUUCGAGCAGAUUAGCCAUGUUUCGCUGAGCACUUUGCAAGACGAUUUUGUCAUCAUUCAUGUCAAGGAGGACUACGCAAGUCUUCUGCAAGUUAUGUUCAAGACGGAGUUUCUGUCGGUUCUCAGCAAAAAGUAUCUCGAAGUCGUGGGGCAUCCACUUAAUAUCAGGUUCAGCAAUAAUUUGGAGUUUAAAGUUAAGAAGGAGGGCUGGGGGGGCGGCGGCACUCGGCAAGUUAAGUUUACGCAGACUGGCUGGGGGGAUGAGGAGGUUUUGAACUCGAGUGGGAAGAUUCUGAAUGUGACCAUUGGACCCGGUUUGCCCGCCAAUUCGAGACCCAGUAGAGCUGCCGCGCAGAGGAGUGCAACGAGACCCAUGAAUUAUCGACCUGCACCAUCCCUGCACAAUAAUCCAUCAAUAAUAAACCAGAAUUCGAGACCUGAGAGGCCUCCAAUCCCCGAACCGCGACAAACACCAAGAAUACUGUCAGGUGUCCAAAGUACCGUUAACACUGCACCGACAGGUUCCAGACCCCAACUGCCACCCAAUCGGCCACACGUACAUAGACCUCACAAUAAUAACAGCAAUAGUAAAGUCGCUGGGCUAUCAGCAUCCCUCGGUAAAAUACUGGUGAAUCCCUCGGGAGCACCGAGAGUAGGUCUCCUGAGAGCUCCUCCGCCUCCCUCAGACCCAGCACCACCGAAUCAACCGAUGGUCCAUCCAUUCACCAACAAUCAGAGGACGGAGAACAGGAGCAGUGAUAAUCGAUUGUCUACAGGAGUCACUGGGAUAGAUGAUCCCAACCAGAGGCUAGCUGCUGCUCUUCAAAUGCAUUCCAAUAGAAAUAAGGGGCCCCAGCCACAACGACUACCACCGAGACCACCUCCAGUCUCGAAUCUUCCAAGAGUCAAGGCUCUCUAUGAUUACAGUCCACAAGACUUGGAUGAACUGGCGCUCAAGGAGGGGGAUGUCAUUGAAGUAUUAAAAGAACAUGAAGGUGGCUGGUGGGAGGGCAGACUGAACGGAAGAAAUGGCCUCUUCCCCUCAAAUUACGUAGAAAAAAUUUAAACCGUUACACAUGAUGAUUUAUAAUUCCAUUUAUACCUUACGUUUAGAAUUGAAACCUUCCAAAGAGACGCUGACGCGUCAAUUAGGUCUAAUAUGAUAGACCCGCAUUUGUAUCUGUACAGGAGUAAUAAAAAGUGUCAAGUCAGA